AUGUCGAAACCCGUCUCGGUCCUAGUUAUUGGCGGCUCCCAUGCAGGCCUCGCAGUGAGCCAGAAGCUGCUCCGACAGACCGCGCGCGUCGCAGUCACCCUCAUCAACCCGUCCGAGCAAUACUACUUCAACAUCGCCGCGCCCCGGUUCCUCGUCAAGCCCGAGAGCCUCCCACCGAGCAAAUACUUGUACUCCAUUCCGGACGCGUUCCGCGAGUACCGCGCGGAAGCUUUCACUUUUGUCAAGGGACUCGUUACCAAGAUCGACUACGAGACAAAAUCUGUGCUCGUCGCCUUGACUGCAGACUCCACGGCCGCGGGUGCCGCCUCUUUUAGUUUCGACUACCUGGUAAUUGCGUCCGGCAGCACGACACCCGCGACGCUCGGACAGAUGGGGGUGAGACUGCCCUUCAAGGCAACGGCCUUUGAGGAUACAACAAGGGCUAUACACGAGGCACAGGAGAAGCUAGGCGCCGCGCGACGGAUCCUUAUUGGGGGCGCGGGACCUCUCGGUGUUGAGCUCGCAGGAGAGCUCGCCGAGGCUCCUGGCCCGAAGAAGGUCACCCUGGUAUCGCGAGGCAGCGUUCUACUAGAUGGGGCAACUGCAGCCGUGCAGAGGAACGCGUUGUCGCUUCUCCGGCGCCGGGAUGUUGAAGUCCUGACCGAGACCACGGUCGUCGACGCAGUAUACGAGGCCCACAACCAGAUCUGGAAAGUGAAGCUGUCCACAGGGCGUACCUAUACCGUCGAUGCAUACGUCGCCACAACGGGUACAAUCCCCAAUAACGCCUUUAUCCCAACGAGCUUUCUGAAUGCUGAGGGCUGGGUGGACGUUAAUGAGGAGCUCCGGGUCCGCGAGAACAACGUCAGCCGCACGGACACGUAUGCCGUUGGCGACAUUACCUGCCAUCCGUACCGGCUGCUCUCGCGGGUUUCUCUGCAGGGAGAGACGGUAGCGUCCAAUAUUGUGGCGGCGAUUGAGAAGAGGGCGCAGGUUGCUACGUAUUCAGCAGAAGCCCAGAGGAAGAUGAUGGUUGUCCCCGUCGGGCAGUCAACGGGUACAGGACAUGUCGGUGGUUGGACGCUUUUUGGAGUCCUGGUUUGGUUUUUCAAGGGUAAGGAUUUUUUGACGUACGAGGCUCCCAAGUUCUUACGGGGUCAGAUGAGUUGA